AUGAGCGCGUACACGCGCACGAUUGCCCAGCAGUUGAUGCAGGCGUUUUGGCCUGGGCCGCUGACGUUGGUGCUGCCCAAAGCCGCGCAAAUUGAUGCGACGGUGACGGGCGGGCAAGACACGAUUGCCUUGCGUUGCCCGAAUCACGCCAUGGCACAAGCGGUGCUGCGCCAAUUGGCGGUAUUGCACAAAACCGAUGUGGUGGGGAUUGCCGCGCCGUCGGCGAAUCAUUUUGGGCGGGUUAGUCCAACCCGUGCCGCGCAUGUGCGCGAUGAAUUUGGCGAUGCGGUUUGGGUGCUUGAUGGCGAUGUGGCGGAUGUGGGGAUUGAGUCGACCAUUGUGGAUUUGACCCGUGGCGAACCCAUGAUUUUGCGUUUGGGGCAUAUUACCGCGCACGACAUCAAACGCGUCACAGGUGUUGUGCCUGUCAGCCACGCGCAAGGCCAAGCGCCGCGUGCCUCUGGCACCAUGCUUGCGCAUUACGCGCCGCGCACGCCGCUGGUGUGGGCGAGCCAAUACGCAGGCGGCGCGGCGGUGUGUUUGUCGCACGCGCCUGAUUUUGAUGCGAGCGGAUUUGCGCAGCAUAUUGAACUGCUCAAUCACGCACACGGCUACGCGCAAGGCUUGUACCAUGCGUUGCGUGAACUUGAUGCUUUGAAUGCGCCCGUGAUUGUGUUGCAGGAUUUGCCUAGCCAAUCAAGCUGGGACGCGGUGCGCGACCGCUUAACCCGUGCCGUUGUCGGCUCAAACCAAGGAUGA